GCGAUAUAGUUGUGUAAUCAACCAUGCAAACUUCUGCAUAUAUAUUCAACAUGCCCGGGGAUAUUGGUCACAAACGGUGUGUUCUCGUGCAGCAUGUUGGAAUAUUUGUAAAUAUAAAGCUGACAACCGCAUGAUAAAAAUCGGAUCAAAUCAUCCAGUUACACAAUUUAGAUUGUAACACAGCAAUGGGAUACUUAUGAGUGAGAAACACGAAGGAUGUAAAGGAAAUUGCAUCGUCCAGUCAUUUGAACACGCUUAUUUAAUUGGAGAUAGCAUCAGGAUUGGAUAUGGCAACUAACGUUGAAGAAUCAAAGAAUGUAUCAAAACGUAGUGCUAAAAAGGUCAAAGAGGUCGAUUUAAAACUUUCUGCUGAACACAUUACGCUCACACAAGAGUGUCGUAUAGAGUUAGAGCAGUUUGCAAGUCAGCGUAAGGACUUUUUGCAGAUUAUUGGUGACAUUGACGACAGAGAUACCACAGAAGAUAACAAUGAGGAAGUGAUCUUAAACACUAUUUCUUCAUAUCUUUUGCACGCUUUUAAACAAUACGACAAAAUAGCUUCAAAUGAAGUGUUAUAUAAAGUUCGAGAGAAACUAGGUGAUGUAAUUGCAGAGACAGGGACGGUUGAAAGGCUUUGUGUCUAUGUGAACAAUGCUUUAAACAAGAUGGUCAAACCAACCACAGGUGAUGUAACAGUUACAUCUACCUUGCACAACGUUUUAAAAGUUCUUGCAAACUAUUCUGACGGGUCGAUGAGUUUGUGUCAAGAACUAGCAGAGAACAGGUCGUAUCUUAAAGCAUGUCAACAGUUUCUUGCUCGAAAGGAUAUUUGUAAAAGAAUAAAAGCAAACAAUACUUUGAAAGAUGAUGAUCCGGGCAGUGAUUUCCUAGACUGCUUACUGACAACUUUACAUAAUAUCGCCUCAAGGGAUGAAUUAGCGUUAUCGAUGCAAAAAGUGGGUUUUACCGAUGCACUAAAGUUUCAUCUGUCGAACACGAACAGAAACGUUUGGAUGCAAGUUCUGGCAAUACUUGCUGCCGUAGUGACAGAAGAUGAAUGCGACAUUAUAAAAUCGAACCACAAGCGAGUCGGAGAGUUAUUGAGCGUUUUAGAACAUGGCUUAGAACAAGAAGACCUGCGUUACGAAGGAUGGUCCUGUUUUGAAGUUGCUCAUACUAAGAAGGCUAUCCGUGUGUUGGCAAGAAACGAUGCAAACAAGAGAAUGCUCGUGCAAACGGAUGCGUUUAAAUUGUUGGUGGCUCUUGCAAAAACAGGAGGAAAAAGGGAAAAGAUGGAAAGUAUACAAUCACUUUGGGUACUUUGUUUUGACAAGGACAAUAAAGAGGAAGCUAUUAAUAACAAGGAACUAGGCAUUAAGGAUCUUCUUACUGACCUUAAAGUAUACAAAGACAAAGACAUCGCUAAUACUUCUGUAAGAGUACUUUGGAUAUUACGCGAUGUAUUCGAAACUUCGUCACUCAAACGGACACAGACAUUUGAAAAGGACAAACAUAUAAUGCUAUCCUACAACCAUCAACAUAGAGAGAUAAUGAUGCAAAUUAAAGCGGAAUUACGUCGCCAUGGUUUUACGGUAUGGAUGGACGUGGACAACAUAUCAGGCUCCACCCUUGAGUCCAUGGCUAAAGCUGUAGAGGAGGCUGCAAUCAUAUUGAUUUGCAUGUCGCAGUUGUACAAAGACAGCAAUUACUGUCGUGCGGCUGGAAGUCACAACAUUCAUGUCACCACUUGGUUUAAAACAGAUUUCUGCUGAAAAAGAAAGUAAUCCCGUUGCGAAUGGAUCUUAAUUACAAACCUGAUGGCUGGUUGGGGCUCAUGAUUGGGACAAAACUUUUCUUUGACUUUAGCGGCAAAUAUGAAUUUCAAGACAAAAUGGGAGAUUUGUUAAAAGAGAUUGAUACAAUGUAUCCAGCUCAAUUGUCAAAAGUGCAGCAAAACAAGGAACAGUCACAGGAUGAUGUAGAUGAUAACACCGAUGCUGAUGGACACGAAAGAUCUACAAAAGAAAACGCUUUAUAUAUUGACUCGUCGCCCAAAACAUAUUUGCUUCGAGGUUGCAUUCCCGCAACCAUUUGUGCCGAUGAACUGACGAUGCUGGUGGAGAUGAGACAAGAAGCGCCGGAAUUCUUCUACAAGUGCCUUUAUGAUAUGUACAAAAUUCGCGACCCUGUUAAACUGGCCAAAUUUGUAAAAACUCUCCGAGAACUACGUGAAUAACGUAUCAACACAAAUCAUAUUUACCGAUGCUUUCACCUGGCUUAAACGAACCAGAAUUAAGCGUAGACUUAUGAGCACAUGCGUUUAACAUUGGUCACACUUGUAUCGAUGCAUUCCCUAAUUUGCAUGUAUUUGCUUAUAUUUGUUGUUUGCUAGGUAUGUAAGCGCGGUUGGUUUUCUUAACCAAUUAUAAAAUUGACUUGACUAGACUAUUAGAGUACAAUUUGUGAACGAUAGUGCAAACGUUGGCGCAAUCCCAAAGUAGGAUGUCAUAAGCCAUCCCCGUUGUUUAGAUUCAUUUAUUUGCAUGUCUGUCAUAAACAAAAGGUAUAAAUGGUGUAUAAACGCUGUAUACUGUUAUAAAGGACUUUAGCAGUUUUGAGAAGUGGGGUCAAGAAUACUUAUUGUUAAGAUGUUUUUUAUUGUAUUUGUUUUGCAUGCUAACCAUUUCUAGUUGUUUUAAUUUACAUUAAAGUCAUAGUUUGAUUACUGAGUGGUAUGCUGUGAAUGUAUGUUUUAAUGUAGUGUCAAAUUGUAACCGGUUUGAUGACGAUUCAAAAUAGUUAACCUUUUAAAUCAGAAUUCAAUAAGUGAGUACAGAUAAGUACCAUGGAUAAGUUUGCAUAUUUUUGUACUUUACUUGUACUUUUACUGGUCCAUAAUGACAUAUUGUCCUAAUUAAAUAAAUAUGUUGAUUAUAAGAUUUACCUUAGAAACAUAUACGUUUAAUAUUCUAUGGCGACCACGAUAGUUUAAGGUGUAAAUAAUAAUGUUUGCUUCUGGUUUCUCAACCUACCCUACUCUAACCAUUUUUAUUGCCUUAAGAAUUAUACAUUUUUUUAUUUCUUUGAUAUAUAUUUUUAAUGUCAUGAACGAAGCUUGGGCUAAGUGGUGUAGAGCUGAUUUUUCACAAGGUGUUUUAAAUAUACUACAUAGGAUGUCUCUGUAACGAUUUAUUAAUAACUUGCAUGAAGUGUGAAACUAUGUUUAAAAGGAAUAGUGAUAACAAUAUUGAAGUAUCGUACAAAAAGAUUGUUAUUGUAUUGAAGAGUACUUUUAGCUUGCCCUAAUAACAUAACCCUGCUUAAAGUACUCUUCGAGCAAACAAAUAUGUAGUAUAAGAGUUUUGAGUACUUAUUACUUUAAAAACUGAUAACUAAACACUAAUAGCUUAAUAAUAAUUAAGUCUUUACCAAAGCAUCAUUUUAUUCUCAUUAAUCAGUUUCGUAGACAUAAGUAGAUAAUUUUUAAUAUAGUAAUAUAAUGAGUAUUAUUCCACACUUUUGACAACUUUUUAAUAUGUUAAUGGCUAUUGGGUGUGCAAUGAUAUAAAUGACAAUCAUUAAGUAUGCUUUUUUUAGUGUUUAUUUUGAGCUUGCUUUAGGGGCACAUAUAUCAUUCAAUAAUGGAUACAUUUAAUGAUCAAACAUUGCUUUUAUUUCGUAUUAAAUGUUAUUAUCGUUAACAUUAUUAACAUGUAUCUAAAAUUGAACGUUUCACUUCUUAUAUUCCUAUAUACGCUUGCUGUGCAUAAUAUCAAACAUGUUAUUUAAA